GGGGAAGCCAAAGCCCACCGUGCUGACGCCCACUUAACGCUUCCAGGUUUCUGAAAUACACUCGUUUCGCGACCGAACAGCUUCAACUCCCGGUCGCGAGGUUCUGGCCCGUAAUCACCUUUCAGCAUCGAGCGCACGGCGCUGGGUCACUGCCUGCAGCAUGGCGCAUCUUCCCCGGUUUCACCGGCGAAAAAAGAACGUAACGGCGCCAACCCUGAUGACCAACGACCUCCCGGAGAAGACAACGCCCUCGCCGAGCGAUCCGGCGUCCGGUUCGUCCGUUCGCUCGUUCCAGAAGCUCAGUCCCUUCAGAGUCUUCCACCGCUCCUCGGGGAAGAGGGCGCGUGAUUCUCCACCGGCAUCAUAUCCACACUCCCCGGCCGCGGCGUCGGUGUUGGCCGGUGAUGAUCGACCGGUCUCGCCGCUGUCGCUGAAGGCGGACCCUACUAAUGAUGACCAUCGCAAGGUGGUAAAGCGGCAAAGGAUGCCCGCGUUUCUGGAUCAAACAGAAGAAGAGAUCGAGGAUAAGUUUUCCGAACUAGUAUGGCGCGAACGUAAUCGCCUAUUGCAGGCAAUAAAGAACCCAUCACCGGACUUCCAAUGGGCACGGGUUACAGGUCCGCACCUCAAAGUCCUUGACCGCUACCUGAACAUACAGCCCUGGCAUAACAACCGGAUCAAGCUGCAGGUUCCUGAAGGCCAUGUAGACUACAUCAAUGCCUCGCCGAUCGUCCUAACACCGUCUCCUUACUCCGGCGCCGACGGCCGCCCCCGAGAAUCGGACCGAUACAUCGCCAUGCAGGGGCCCAAACAGACCUCGGUGGACCAUGUCUGGCGGAUGGUGGUGGAACAACUCGAGAGCCCGGGUGUCAUCGUGAUGUUGACCGAGACACACGAAGGACCCAUGGAAAAAUGCUUCCCCUACUUCCCCCGAAGCCCAGAUGACCCACCGAUCGAAGUAAACGAGCAUGAUGAGUUCGGCGAUGGUUUCAGGGCCACGGUGCGCUGCGAAGGCAUGGAGGACACCCCAGCCGGCGAUGCGAUCGAGCUGAGGAAGCUCGUCAUCCGCGUGCACUCGCGGCCAACGCCAGGGACCAAAGUCGAGCCGGCAGCUGGCCCUACAAAUACCCCUGAGCCGCCCGAAGCCGACGAGAAAGACUCCGACUGGGACAUCAAAAUGAAAUCUCCCGUCGCAAAUCCACCAGGCGCUCACCCGCCGGUGACCUCCGAAGAAGCCAUAUCUUUAACCACGGCCACAGCAUCCGCGCCCAGCGUAACUUCCAACGAUAUUAGAACAACAGCAACCGAACAACAACAGGAUCAAGAGGAACAACCAGAAGAGCGCAUAGUCUGGCACUUUCUCUACAAGAAAUGGCCCGACUUCGGCGUCCCCUCGCUAGAGGACCUCGAGAGCUUCUUCACGCUCAUGCGCCUCUCCCGCGAGAAGAACGCCCACCCCAACAACCCGCGGAUUGUGCACUGCAGCGCGGGGGUCGGGCGCAGCGGCACCUUCAUCGCGCUGGAGCAUCUCAUCCGCGAGCUGGACGCCGGUGUGCUGGAGGACUAUGACGAGCGGGCUGCGUCGGCUGCGUCGUUGGUUCCUCCGAGUCAUACUCGGACUCCUACUGCCGGUGAUGGUGAGGACGGCGCUGGGAAUGUGGCCUGGGCCGGAAGUGGGAGGGGGGGUAUGGUUGACGGGGGAGUGACCCCGAUCUCACCCAUCCCGUCAGGUACUCCUAUCCUGCAAACGCCCGGGCAAGGGGAGGAUAUGAUUUUUGAGACAGUUGACCAGCUCCGGGAGCAGAGGAGGACCAUGGUGCAAGCGGAAUCGCAGUACCAAUUUAUUUACCACGUCAUGAGGAAAUUGUGGAUGGAUCGGUACGGGGACGGGGUUACAAAUGCGGGUGAAGCUGAAGGGGGGGACGGUGAGUCGGAUGUGAGGGAACCGGCGGCUAAGAGGCUGGAGGUUGAUCCCUUCGUUCAGUAGCCCCCUGCCGUGGAACUCGGUGCCUUUGGCCCUUCUCCCUCGAUUUCUAUUCAUCUUCGCACUUUCG